AUGUCAGUGCAGGGAGUGGCGGUGCUGCUGUCGUGGCUGAGCUGCUGCGGCUUGGCCGUGUGGAGGUAUUCCACUAACAGCCCAAACUACCACAUUUUUAGUACCAGAAGUACUAUUAAGUUAGAGUAUGAAGGAACAUUAUUUUCUGAGUGGAGUGUGCCAGCAACUUGUUCUGUGAAAAAUAAAAGCUCACCCAAGACAGAACUGCGUUGUUUUUCUCCUGGUGUUCAGACUAUAAGACCAAUUGUCACAGGCCCAGAUUCAGAGGAAGAACGCAAUUUGUCUGUGGACAGUUCCCAUAUUUGUUUCCUGUGGUAUUAUAAAGUCAUAAAUUUCUUUCACAAUUUAACCCAGGUUGUUGUUAUAUGGAUAUAUGAUCCAGAAAAUGCAGACCCCAAUGAGUUGCUGUGGAAUGCAAAUGAACCUUCACUAAAUUCCAUAAUACUUACCAAGCAGUUGGCCACUUUGGGACAGAAGCCUGGCAUAUAUACAACUCUGAGGAGAAGAAUUUAUCUUCCAUAUGACAAAAUGAAGAAUGGCUGCUUUCAGAAUUUGCUCUUUAUCUUUGGUUUUCAGCACUUCUAUUAUGUGAUUAGGUGUGAUUUCCUUGCUAAAAGAAGAAGUAGCAUGGCAAUCUGGACAGAAAAUGAAGUUUAUCUUGGAUAUACUUUUCUUAAAUUUGUCAAAAUAAUAACUACUGAAAAACUGAAAAAUCUUCUAAAUAUAUCAUCAGCUGCUACACUGACUAUACACAAUGUCGAGUAUCCAGGACACCCUUUGGAACUUGCCUUAUUAUUAAAUUACUGCACUGCGUGUAACAUCAACAAAACAAUUUACGUGGUAAUAUACAAUGAAGAUACAGAACAGUGGAUGUACCAAGACUUUGCAUUAGAUGUCUCUACUGACAGUUUUUUAACCCCACAUUUUAUAUACGCAGCACUGCCAGAUUUAAUACUGCGGGACAAACAUCGGAUCUACUAUUGUUAUCACAAUUUCACCGAGACGGGAGUUUUACAAACACCUACAGAAUUUGGAAAUCUAUCAAGAUUAUCACAUAACAGCAUUAUUCAUGAUAUUUUCAUAGAUUAUUAUGGAAAUAUUGUGGUAAAAAUGGAAAAUAACAUAAUGUUUUAUUUCAAGAUCAAUAUCAGAGCUGCAAUAAAACUACAUUUAUGGACAAAUAGUACAAUGAAGUCAUUAAUUUUAUUGAGUUCAUCUGCUCAAAUAUAUCUCAUAUACGUUUUUGAAAAUGGCACAGUACAGCCACAGGAAUAUCCUUUAAAACUGGAAUCACAAAGUGUACAUUUCACUUCAAAAGAAAAAUGCCCCUACGUGGCAUUUCAUAAUAAUAUUUUAAAUGUUUUUUACUUUUUGGACAAGGGACAGAACCUGUCCAUUUGGGCUCAAAUAGUCUAUCCAGAAAAUGUUGGUCUGUACAUUGUUGUGGAAUCAUACGGCCCAAAUAUAUUACAAGAGAAAAAUCAGAUUCACUAUGAAAUCGCCCUAGGAUACUGCACUAAAACCACGACAGUAACAUUUUUUCAGAAUAUAAAUUAUGAGGCAGUAGAUGACUACUUCAAGUUGCAAGACCAGAACACGGGCCUUCGGCUUGUGCAGGUUCGGCCUAGUGAAUAUGCAAGAGCAUGUCCAAUAGCCCAAAAGGUAUUCCAAAUAGCUGUUGGCUGUGAUUCUACCAAAUACAUUGCUGUUAAAGGAUUUAAUAAAAAAGACUGUCUUCAGCAUGAUUUCUUUUACGUUAUUGAAAAGUCAUACCUGAGGAAUCAACCAUCUAAAAACUUGAGAGUAAAAUAUGAUUCGAAAAAAUAUGGCUGCCCAUUGAGACUUGAUUUCGGAGAAAAGUUUCACCCUUUGGUUCAGUUAUACAAUGACAAUGGCUACGUGGAAGACGUGGAAGUAAAUUUCAUCGUGUGGGAAAUACACGGCAGGAAGGACUACAGCUUUAAUAAUACCAUGAAGAAGAGUGGUUGUUUAAAUGAAGCCCAGACGUGGAAGUCAAUGACUAAGCUUAACCAGCACCUCCCACUAGAAGAAGCCUGGGGACCUGAAAACUAUAAGCACUGUUUCUCUUAUGCUAUUGGAAAACCAGGAGAUUUAAAUCAACCAUAUGAAAUAAUCAACAAGUCUAACUAUAAUCAUUUAAUUUGGCCUGAGGACCAUUCUGGAAUGUAUGUGUUUUGUGUGAAGAUCCUGGAUCCAAACUAUAGUUUCUGUAACCUAACAGCUAUAUUUGCGAUAGAGACCUUUGGAAUGAUUCCCAGUCCAAGUGGCUACCUGGUUGCUGCCUUCCUAUUUGUCCUGAUGCUACUGUUCUUCAGUAUUCUAGUUUUGAGCUAUUUCCAUUAUAUGAGGAUUUAUAAACAAUAUCUUUAUGAACCAAUUAACAGAUAUGAUAGAAAACAAAAGAAUAAUUAGGAAAAACAAAAGUUUGUUUAGUAUUGAGGUAUAUAUACGUAGAGAGUGUAUAUAUAUACUUACAAGUGUGUGUGUGACCAAGAAAUAUUAAGGAUAAGCACAUAGUAUGUAUCAACAAAUUCAAGCUCUAAAAAUGUUCUUAAAUUACCCAAGAAAAAUAUUCUCAGAUCUAUUGUGUGUUAUAAAAUUAAUUUUAAGGUAUUUGCCCUUACCUUAAGGUAUUCUAUAUACUCUUACAUGGCUUUUUUAAAAAUUAAAAUAAAAGAAAAC